UCAGCUCGCAGAAGGUGCGGCUGGUGAUCGCCGAGAAGGGGCUGCCCUGCGAGGAGCGCGACGUCAGCAUGCCCCUGAUGGAGCACAAGGAGCCCUGGUUCAUGCGGCUCAACCUCGGCGAGGAGGUGCCCGUCGUCAUCCACAGGGACAACAUCAUCAGCGACUACAACCAGAUCAUCGACUACAUGGAGAAGAACUUCACAGGAGGACACUUGGCCAACGCCAGCACGGAGCUCGUGAAGCUGGACCAUGAGGACGAGCCCCAACUGACAGAGCCCUACCUCUCCAAGCAGAAGAAGCUCAUGGCGAAGAUCCUGGAGCACGACAACGUGAACUACUUGAAGAAAAUCCUCGGCGACCUGGGCAUGGUGCUAGACCAGAUCGAGGCCGAGCUGGAGAAGAGAAAACUUGAGUACCAAGGGCAGAAGUGUGAACUCUGGCUCUGUGGAUGCGUCUUUACCUUGGCCGACGUCCUGUUAGGAGCCACCCUGCAUCGCCUCAAGUUUCUAGGACUCUCUAAGAAAUACUGGGAAGACGGCAGCAGACCUAACCUACAGUCCUUCUUUGACAGGAUACAAAAACGCUUUGCCUUCAGGAAAGUUUUGGGAGAUAUACACACCACGCUCCUCUCAGCAGUGGUCCCCAAUGCCUUCAGGCUGGUCAAGCGAAAACCUCCUUCCUUCUUUGGAGCCUCCUUCCUUAUGGGAUCUCUGGGGGGAAUGGGAUAUUUUGCUUACUGGUAUUUAAAGAAAAAAUACAUCUAACGCUGGCUGCUUGGUGUUUAGUUUGGUGUCUCUGUGCUGUGUGAAAUUAUGAUGAAGCCACAGUAACUGUAAUGAAAUUUGAAGCAAGGUAUGAAUAAUUAUAUCGUUUAAUGUAACAUUCCAUAGUCUAGAAGUAGAAACGUAUACUGCAAGGAAAUAAGACAACAACAACAAAA